GUAACACACAUUUUAUGCUUAUAUGCAAAUAGAGUCCCCCUCGGAUAUAUUUAUUUAGUUCACACAAAUGUAAUAGCAUAAUUUAUGAAAUUAACAGCAAACAUAAGUGAUGUUGCAUGCCACCACUUUAGUGGCAAUAAUUUGUUGAUAUGUAAAUAUGGGUCUUAGAAACGGCACAAAUCCUUUAAUGGAACCGCGAGUGCCAUUUAAAACCAAUUAUGUAUGCACAUACAAGUCUUGACGGUCCUGCCACAUUCGCAUCUACGUCCCGCAAACUCUUUCCUCCCGCUGCCACAUUAACCUAGCUGUAUGGCUCGACACAUCCCGCCUGCACCACUGCGCGGUAGUGAUUGACUGUUGCCUUAAAAAAGCGUUAUCGAUCAAACAACAAAAGUCUAUUUGUGAUAUUUUCGGCCAAUUUAUUGGGCUGUCAAUGCGGAUUUAAUGUUUUUAUGCACAAAUUUUCAUCGCAGUCGCGUAUUGAGUUUCAGCAAAAGUGGUCGGAAAGCAAGUUAAAAAUAAGACGCGUUCUCAAUUUUUUUAGUUACAGGCUCUAAAAUGCUUUAAAGUAAAGAAAAAAUAUUGAAACAAGUUAAGAAAUUGAAAAUUUCCAUGCCUCAACAUGGAUGAUCGUACGAUUGACUCGAUUUUCGCGGGUUCUCUGGAGUCCCUGCCGCCAGUUAGUUCAAAAAUUGUGCGCAUUUUCACCAGCUCCACUUUCACAGAUACCACUAUGGAGCGUAAUACGUUGAUGGCGAAGUGCUAUCCACGUAUUAAGGAUUAUUGUCGCGAAAAACAUGGACUCGAGUUUCAGGUAGUCGAUAUGCGUUGGGGUGUUCGCGACGAAGCUACUGAUGAUCACAUGACCACGGAAUUGUGUAUGCGCGAGAUUCAAAAUUGCCAACGUCUUUCGAUGGGUCCAAAUUUCAUUGUGUUUUUGGGACAGAAAUAUGGUUACCGGCCCAUACCGACAUAUAUAGUCUCCUCAGAAUUGCAACUAAUCUGCGAGGAGCUGACAUCGAUGGGUGUAGAUCGCGCCUUGCUUGAUCUGUGGUACAAAAAGGAUAGUAAUGCAGUGCCACCGAUGUCGGUACUGCAACCCAUCUCAUCGAUUUUGAUUAAUUUUAAUAACAAGCGUGUUCCCAAACUACAAGCCGAGGACCAAGCCGUCUGGUGGGAUACGCUUAAUAAAAUGCAAAAACUUUUACGAAAAGCUGCCGCCUCUUUGGGUGCUAGCGAAAAAAUGGAUAAGGAAUGUGUGCAUAACUAUUUCAUGUCAGUUACUGAGCGCGAAGUCAUUAAUGGUAUAUUGAAUGUGAAGAAUACGAAAAAUCAUUGUCUGGCCUAUGUGCGCUACAUCAAUAAUAUAAAUUUGCAAAAUCUCAAGAAGGCUUCACUCUUCGUGGAUAUAAUAAAUCGCAGUUUGGACACAGAAUCGGCUAAAUUGCUGGGCGAUUUGCGUGAUGUACGCCUACCGAACAAGAUUGAAUCGAGCAAUAUGCAGAAAUACACAGUCGAAUGGAUCGGACGUGAGGGUUUGGAUAUCGAAACGCACGAGGAAUAUCUCAAUCAUUUCAUAUCGCAUUUCUAUAAGAAUAUCGUGAAAUUGGUGGAUCGCGCCAUGCGCAAAGAAGACUCCAGUGCACAGGGGCAGAUAGUGACUGAAAUCCUACAGCAUUUGCACGCUUGUAAUAAUUCGGUAAAGGUAUUUUAUGGGCGUGAAGAUAAUUUAGAACAUAUCAAGCGCUAUAUGCUGGGGGAUUCAGAUAAACCACUUGUCCUUUAUGGCGAAGGAGGUUGUGGUAAGACAUCGAUGCUUGCAAAGAGCGCUUCGCUGGUGGCUAGUGAAUGGUUUGCUAGUCAGCGACCAAUUAAUGUUAUACGCUUCCUCGGCACUACGCCCGAUUCAAGUGCGCUAACACCAACGCUAAUUUCGAUUUGUCAGCAGAUCUCUUACAACUAUAUGCUACCAUUCGAGAAUAUACCCGACGAUCUUGUACCUUUAACGGCACAUUUUAAGCAAUUACUAACUUAUGCAAGCACGAACCAACCGCUGACUCUAUAUCUUGAUUCCGUUGAUCAACUGACAGGUACACAAGAUUCGAAUAAAGUGUCGUGGAUACCGACACGUUUGCCACCACACUGUAAGAUCAUUAUUUCAUGCGCCAACGAGGAGUCCAAUCCGACCGUCUCACAGGAGUAUCACGUGCUAUGCAAAAUGAUCGAUGUCGAGGAGAAUUUCAUUGAGGUCACCGCGUUGGGUGAGGAUCUUGCCAUGAACGUUAUAAAAAUGUGGAUGAAGACGGCUUGUCGUGAUUUGAAUAAUUAUCAAUGGCGUCUGGUCGCGAACGCCAUAAGCAAAUGUUCCUUACCGAUCUUCGUGAAGCUGGUCUUUGCCGAGAUUUGUCGCUGGCGUAGCUAUACCAAACCGCAGGAAACGCAUCUCGCCAAUACCGUUAUGGAUUCGAUUAUGAUGCUAUUCGAACGUAUAGAGAAGCAGCAUGGUCGCAUUUUGGUCUUUCAUGCAUUGGCUUAUAUCACCGCCGCUAAGUCGGGUUUGUCCGAGAGCGAAUUGGAAGAUCUCAUUUCGUUGGAUGAUAAAGUGUUGGACGAUGUGUAUCAAUAUCAUAUGCCACCAGUGCGUCGUAUACCGCCACUUUUAUGGACGCGCAUACGUAACGAUUUGCCGAAUUAUCUGAGUGAACGUGAAGCGGACGGUGUGAAUGUGAUGAACUGGUAUCAUAGACAAUUCAGGGAUACUGCUAAGGAGCGCUACUUCAAGAACAUGAAUAUGGCGAUGUACUUUCAUUCGAUGAUUGCUGAUUAUUAUCUGGGUAUUUGGGGUGGUGGUGUGCCGAAACCCUUCAGAUAUACGGAAAUACAACGACAUCGUUUCGGAUUGACGGAGAAAGAGGGUUCGGCAGACCGAAAGGUGCCCAUACAACCGUUGGUCUUUACUAGCAAGGAUGGCAGUUCGAAACGUUAUAAUUUGAGAAAGUUCGGCGAGUUACCUUUUCAUUUUGUGCGCUCGCGUCGCUUUAAAGAUCUUUUCGAACAUGUACUUUUCAACUACGACUGGCUACAUGCCAAACUCUCAAGCUGCCCGCUACAAGCGGUGCUGGCGGAUUUUGAAGACGCCUCGGCGAAUACAGAUAAUAAAGAAGCCAAACGUGAACUGAUGCUUGUGGCCGAUGCGCUGCGUCUUGGCGGCGCUAUCCUCGCAGUCUAUCCGAAUAUGUUAGCGCCACAGUUGAUAGGACGUUUGUUGCCCGAAAUCGGUGGAAAUAACAAUAUAAAAAUGCUUUUGCGUGCCUGCGAUCGCUCUGGACCGAAGGACUGCUCACUCAUACCAGUGAAUCAUUGUCUACACACGCCAGGUGGUCCAUUAAAAUACUCACUGGAGGGUCAUCAGUUCGCCGUUUUCGCUUUUUGUCUUACCAGUGAUCUUCGUUAUAUGGUUUCGAUCUCAACACAUUUCAUAACUUUUGAUCUCUCAACAUCGGAUCUUACACGUGAUGUGAAUCCCGGAAUUGAGGGUAUCAUGCAGCAACUAGUUUUGAGUCCAGAUAAUAAAUGGGCUGCAGCAUAUUCCAAUAACAAUCAGACCGUAUUGCUGAAUAUGCUCUCGAGCGAGUUUGUUGUGAUCGAUAGUCCAUUCGAGGCUGACGAUGGGCCAGUCAGUGGUCUGUAUUUAUUAAAUCAAAGUCUUUUUUUAACAUGCAAGUUGCGUUGGGCUCAGUUCGACAUGCGUGGCAAUUUGGUUGGUGUUUACGAUAUCCAAGGCGAUGUACUCAAUUGGGAGAUUUUGAGUAUGGAGUUUCUACGUCCAACCGACUACAAUGUAAUUUUCUGGUCCGGUUCAAUCAACGAGACACGUCUUCGCUUGGAUUCCUGUCGCAAUGAACUCUUUUCCGAACCUUUACUACUUUAUAGCGCUCUGGUGAUGAAUAAGGACCGCACAAAGAUUUUCGCAUGCGCAAAUGAAGAGAAUUAUCAGGUUAGUGUUUUUCGUUUUGAUGAAAGCGACUCCGAUAACUCCAUCAACUGGAUACUCGAGGACCAAUUGCCACGUUUUGAGAAUGACGUAAAAGAGAUGUUGUUGCAGCUGCGUUUGGAUCAAGAUGAUCGUAUGUUACUCGGUACUGCUGGUAAAGGUUUUGUUAUUUGGGACUUCGGUAAAGAUGGUGAACGUCUCAGCGAGGAUGCUAUGUACUUCGCGCUACCUCACGGCGUCCGUAACAUUACAACACGCAUUAUGCAAUCCAAUUCCAUUAUGGUAAGCUCAAAAAUGGAUUAUGCUGUAGCGGGCGUGCGUAAGAAUCUCUACGUCUGGUGUUUGCAUACACGUCAACUGGCGAAGGUGCUCGACGCGCAUUUCGGACGCAUUAUCCAGCUGGAGGCACUCACUAUCGGCAAUUGGAAUAAUUUGGUAACAUCAUCCAUAGAUCGUUCGGUCAAAGUAUGGAAUAUAAAUAAUAUUUUCGAGAAGGUGCAUGUAAUUGACCGUCAUGAACUGCAGAUCGAUAAUAUCAGUUUGUCCGAGGUUGAUUUGGGCGUAACGGUUACACGUAGCUGUGUUGGUGUUUGGGAUACGCGAUCAGGUCGUCUGCUCGCCAAACUGGCCGAUAGUCCUUUGGGCGCCAUUGUUACACAUGCUGAAAUCACGCCCGAUGGACGUUAUAUUAUUUCUUCGGAGACUGGCAAGUUUCUGGUAUGGAAUCGUAUCUCUGAACAAGUGAUCUAUCGUGAUGAUCAACCGGGCAUUCAACAAAUAACGCUUAUGGAUUACGGUUAUAAAGUAUUAACGGUAUCAUGUCUAAAUAUUAAUAACAAAGCCGCAGCAGCGGCGGCUGAGGCUGCUGCUGCAGCUGGUGAGGACACUAAUCGUUUAACAGCAAUAACGACAGUGCGUUCGGUGCCGGAGGGUAAUAUACUCUUUCGCUUUGAGUAUCCCAUACGCAUGGUGCCCGGUUUGCCAUUUAGACAAUCGGUCAUCUCGGCUGAUUCGGCUUAUGUGAUCGUUUGUACCGUGGAUAAGGCAAACAAGGAUUGUUUGGCAGUCUACAGCGCUACUAACGGGACGUUUGUUUCAAAAAUUCUACUAAAAGGUUGUGGAAUUAAGGAGGUGAUUUCAUUGGUGCCAAUGCCGCACAAGGCAAAUCAAGUGGCUGUUAUCAGCAGCGAAAAGGGUAGCAUAAUGGAUAUAAAAAGCAAGAAGCAUGUACGUUCCAUACCCAAAUGGGGAGGUUCUAUAAUGAAAGACGGCAAAAGCGGACUGUAUGCGCCCACAAGAGGUGGCCUCGAGAUGCUCGAACUACGUAAGGGUACCACAGUGAAGACAUUUAUACCUAAAGUGGCCGAGGGUGUGUUCUCAGUAAUUUGUCUGUUCACCGAGAACGAUGAGUACGUUUGCUAUUAUCACAGUGGUCGCAAAACUAUACGCGUCUUCCGUUCUUCAGACACAGAAAUGAUCGCCAACUAUCGUUUACAAGCCGAAUUGACAGCGAUUAAGAGCAGCAAGGAUGGUCGCUGCAUUGUCUUGGGCACUGUGGACGGCUGCAUGUCUGUGCUAGCCAUUGUCGAUCCACAAAAGGAGGAAAUGUUCGAGUAUUUGAAACAAUUGCCGUCGCGCGAUGAAAAUUGGAAAGCUAAAUUGGCCAAACAAAAGGCGCGUGUCGGUUUUAAGGCCGCCAUACGUGUGGCGACGAUUUCAUCGCGUUUUGAUAAAAGUAACAAAAAUGCUCAAAGCGUCGACGAUGAAGCGGGUGAACUGGAUGAGGGUGUUAAUCCAGUGGAGACUGCUGCUGGAGAAUAGUGGUGUGCAAUUAUUGAAGGUGGUGUGGGCGGAGUUUUGACUUUCGUCGUAGUAUUAUUGGUGAACAAACUUAUACACAUAUACAAAAAUAUUAUAUAACGUUAGCUGCUUUAAACGCUUUUUAGGCAAUAUGAAAAGAACGUACAAAGUGGUUUUUGUUAAAGCUGAAGUGAUAUUAUUUAUCAGGAAAGAAUGUUGAAAAAUAUAAAUAUUUAAUUCAAUAAAAAGCUUGCUAUUAAUUGAAGAAAAAAAUAAUAAUUGUUGAGUAUUGAAAAUCGUUUUUGUUGCUGUAGUCGAUGGUACAAAAUAUAUGUCAUCGAUGAUAUUAAUUGUUGGUUCAGUUACUAACAAACUUGAAUAAUGAUAUUUCAUAGAAAUAAGGUAUAGUUUUGAAAGGUUUGGAAGUCUUUUCAAGGACUGUUACCGCAAUGCAAUUUCUUAUAGGCAUAUUUUAUCGAGUGAUUCAGUUCCUUUCGAACCGAACCCAGUAAGCUAAAGUUAUUUUUUUCGUUAACAUGAUCAUAGGUAGUCAUCAAGUGCUCUACAUUUUAUAAUAGUAUUUCUAGUGGACCGAUUUAGUAUUUCUAGUGGACAAUAAAAUUAGCGUUGAUGAGAAAAGGAAACUUUUAGGGAAUUACAGUAAAUGUCUCUAAGAUCAAGGGAAGUCAAAAGGCAUUCAUGUUUGUGUAAAAAUGUACAUAUUUAAGUGUACAGAUAUGGCGGAACUUCUAUAACUCGAACUUCUAUAACUCUAAGAUCUCCAAAACUCAAACUUUUGAAUUGGCAAUAGCGUUUAUAAAUUAAAUUUCAGACAAAUUACCUUCCAUAACUCAAACUUCUCUAACUCGAAGUUCUCCAUAACUCGAACUCUUGCAUUGACAAUAGAAGUCAAAUUUCAUACAAAUUUCCUUCCAUAAAUCGAACAUUUCGACCAGGGCAUAAUUCGAAAUUUAAAAUUUUACUAUCGAGGCCGUAUUUUCAAAGAGUCACUAUAUCGUAUGGAGGCGAACAAAAUAUAAGAUAUUACACAUAUGGAUUGCAUAAAUCUUGGAACAAGAGCCCAACAAUAGUAAACUGCAACAAACAAAAUUACAGAUUACAUGUUUUAACGUAUUUAUAUAAAACUGUAUGAGAAGUAAAUAAAUAAAACUGUGUAUUAGGUCUACAACUUUGCUUCCGUUUUCCAAUAGAUAUCUCUAGGGUGAAGCACUGGUCGGUUAAAUCCAUUUUAUUUUAUAUCGAUCUUGGACAUUUGUGUCAACAUUAACCCAACAAAAUAAUUGUAGAGAUCUAUUUGCAUCCCUUUUUGAGCCGAAUUCUCGGCAUUUGCGUGAAAUUUUGCUUUUCUUUUUUAAUUCCAAGAAAAGUGCGGCUGAGGCUUAUCGACAUUUGUAACCGUUUUUAUACAAAAAAAAUAAAUUUCCAAAAAAAACGGCGGAAGCAAAGUUGUAGACCUAAAAUAAAUCUAUAUUUUGCUGCUUCUUGAAAAUUUGUAUGUUUAAUUGAAAAUUCUAUAACUCGAAGUCGAUUGGAGUUAGAGAAGUUCCACUGUAUAUUGUUUAACAUUUAUGUAAAAAGUUAGAUAUUUCCAUGAUCUAAUCUGAAUUAUCUAUCUUGUGAACUUUUUAGAAUGUUUAAUUUUUUUCAUUAAAUUCAAUAACUAUAUCAAUUAGCGUAUCUCUCUUUUAAUAAUAAUUAUAUGAAAAUAAAAUGAAAAUAAAUUCAAACAAAAUAUCUCAAAUCUGUCAGCCCUGAAGCUCACUGAUAGUUAAACCGAUAAAAUUGGUUUCCAUGACCCCUAAAGCCAAUAAAAUUUCUGAUUCGAACAUCAAACCAAUAAUAUCAGAAUUCAUGAUACGAACCAGAAUUUUUUGACAGUUUGAAUUUUGAUUCCGACAACUAUCAGAUUCCAUAUAAAAACUUAUUAAUUGCAGUUAUUUCGACUACGCUAUUCAUCAUAGAAAUAUUCAAAAAAAUUAUGAAAUCCCAUCUCGAAAUAUUUUCUUCGUUAGCUGAGUCUUCACUACAACUAAUAAUCGCGGAUGGACAAACCGCUGUGGUGGUGUAUAAAACAGACCCAGGUUGAUAUUCAAAACCGUUGAAUCUGCGUAACCGAACUGGAAUCGAAUUCAUAUUAGACUAAGAACCAUCGCCAAAACGGAAUUUCGAAUAUAGUAGUAACAUCAAAAUCAAACUUUAAAUUCAAAUUAGAAAAUGCAUAAAUGCAGAAAAUAACUUUAUUGCUUGCCUGCUAAUAUAAAUACAUUGAAUAAAUACAUUGAAUUUUUUUUUGUUAUUUAAAACAUGUGAUCGCUUUUAUUGUUCAUACGUUUUGCAUAGUUAAGAAAUUAAACAUUAUUUUUCAUUUAUAUAUGUAUAUAAAAAUAUGCUCUCCGAUUGGUUAACUUAAAAUGUUAAUAAUGAUUGAAGAAGCAUAUUUCAAAAGAGUUGAAUUAAAAGUUUAAAAACUAAACUCAGUAUGUAAAGAGUAAAAUAAAAUAAGAAAAUUAAGUGCUGAGGCAAAUAACAAAUAUAUUUAAAUAUGUUAAUGAUAUUUUCUAGCUGCUUACGUGUAAUUGUAAAUAAAAAAAAUAUUUUAGUAACAUUAAGUGAAGGCAACUAAGCGCUUCAUUUUAUUGUAUUAACUUGUUAUUUAUUUGUAUGCGUAUGUGUGUGUGUGUGUGUGUUAUGCUUGUAUUAACGAAUUUUUGAUAUAUUUUCUUGUAUAUAAGUAUAUUCAAAUAUUUUUAAUGAGUUGAACAUUAAUAAAUUAAACGUUAACAUAACAUGAAAGUAUGUAUGGUA